AUGACUCUAGACAAGGUGCCGGACUCGUCCCUGACAGCUAGAGAGCUGGCUUCUUUCGACGGUGUCGAAGAUGAGGGCUGCUACAACGAUGUUGGCAUUCUCGACAAAGGGUACACGACCAAGGAUCAGAGGGAAAUGCAACGCUUGGGCAAACGUCAAGAACUGAUACGCAACUUUCGGCCUCUUUCUGCUUUGGCAUUUACUGCCCUCUUGCAAGCGACCUGGGAAUUCCUGUUGAUCGCAAACACCCAAGUUUUGGUCGAUGGCGGCAUUGCUGGAUUUUUCUGGACUUAUGUCUGGACCUUUUUUGGUUUUGGCAUCGUGAUGACUUCUCUUGCUGAGAUGGCGUCUAUGGCCCCGACGAGUGGCGGUCAAUACCAUUGGGUGUCUGAAUUCGCUCCGCCAAAGUAUCAGAAGACUCUGAGCUAUUUGACAGGUUGGAUGAGUUCGUUAAGUUGGCAAGCUGGAACAGCGUCAGGCUCUUUCUUAACUGGAACCAUCAUCCAGGCUCUGAUCCAGAUCAACAAUCCAGACUAUGAACCAACGGCAUGGCAAGGGACAUUGUUAGUGUUCGCCAUGGUUCUCGUCCUCUUUGUCGCCAAUACGUGGGGGGCACGCGAUCUACCUCUUAUCCAAAAUGUGCUCCUUAUUGUGCAUGUAUUUGGAUUCUUCGCGGUUAUCAUUGUCCUUUGGGUAAUGGCGCCUCGAAAUUCCGCCAAGGUCGCCUUUACUCAAUUUACCAACGAAGGAGGUUGGUCUAGCAUGGGCCUCGCCCUAAUGGUUGGGCAGAUUUCGGCCAUUUACGGAUCCCUCUGCUCUGAUUGCACAGCGCACAUGGCUGAAGAAGUGAAGGAUGCUGGUCGCAAUGUCCCCAACGCCAUGUUCUGGGCUUACGUGUCGAACGGGAUCCUCGGCCUGGUGCUCAUCAUCACUUACAACUUCGCCUUGACCGACGUUGACGGUGCUCUCAACGAUCCGACUGGAUAUCCCUUUAUCUGGAUCUUCCGCCAAUCGUUGUCCACUGGUGGCGUCAACGCCCUGACCAUUCUUAUCCUCAUCUUGGUCAUCGCUUCCAACAUCUCUUUCAAUGCAUCCACCUCGCGUCAAACCUUCGCCUUCGCCCGCGACGAGGGUCUCCCGUUCUCCCGCUGGAUCGGCGCUGUUCACCCAAAGUUACACAUCCCCGCCAACGCCGUAUCGUUGACCUGCAUCAUCAGCUGUCUCCUUGCCAUCAUCAACAUCGGUUCCUCGGCUGCCUUCAACGCUAUCAUCUCGGUACAGGUCUGCGCGCUCAUGUUCUCUUACACCAUCUCUAUCACGUGCGUGCUAUACCGUCGCGUGUAUCAUCCUGAAUUAAUGCCCAAGGCACGCUGGAGUCUAGGCAAAUGGGGAGUGCCGAUCAACAUCUUCAGCAUCUUUUACUCUCUCUUUGCCUUCUUCUGGAGUUUCUGGCCCAAUGGCACCCCUGUGGACGCCGAGUCCUUUAACUGGUCGGUCGUACUGUUCUUUGGUGUCAUGAUCAUCUCUGGAGUGUUCUACGUGGUUCAAGGGAGGAAGGUCUACACUGGACCCGUCGUGACCGUGGAGGGUAGGAACUAA